AUGGAGAGGAUUGGAGAUGCCUAUGUGUCUGUGAGAGUGAUGUUCUUAACCCAGACUGUUGUUGGAAUUCUGGGUAAUUUGUAUCUUCUCUACCGUUAUCUAUUCCUUUCCUGCAAAGGAAACAGAAUGAGAGGCAUAGACUUGAUAUUGAGGCACUUAAUUGUGGCCAACGUCUUAUGUCUUCUGUGUAGGAGCAUUCCCCAAACUAUGCUGGCUUGGGGAUGGAGAGAUUUCCUCAGUGAUCUGGGGUGCAAACUGGUUUCUUAUGUCUACCGAGUGGGCAAGGGUGUGGUGAUUGGUAGCACUUGCUCCCUGAGCAUCUUCCAGGCCGUCAGCAUCAGCCCCGGUGCCUCCAGAUGGGCAAGGCUGAAGGGGAGAGCCCACAAGCACAUUGUCUCCAUGGUCUACCUCAGCUGGGGGGUCAGCCUCCUGGUGAAUGCAGCUUUUCUCAUGUAUAUAACUGGACCCAAAAUACAUGACAACGUGACUACCUUAAAAGCCAUUGGAUACUGUUCCUCCGUGCGUCACAAUCCAGCUGCAGCAGUACUGUACGUGGCCUUGCUCUCAGUGCCUGAUGUUCUGUGUUUGGGGCUCAUGCUCUGGGCCAGCAUCUCCAUGCUCUUCAUCCUCUACACACACAAGCAGACAAUGAAGCACAUCCAGAGGACCAGCGUCUCCUGCAGAGCCUCUCCUGAGUCCAGAGCUGCCAAAAGCAUCCUCCUCCUGACGAGCACCUUUGUCUCCUUUUACACCUUGUCCUGCAUCUGUCAGAUCUGCUUGUCUGUGACUUACAACCCCAGCCCUGUGCUGCUACGAAUCCCCACACCUUGA